AUCAUCACACCAUUCACAAUCAAAUUUCAAGCUCAGAAAGUUGAAGUCUUCGGCUCAGCAACAAUGGCAAUGGCUUUCAAGAUGGCGACUACUGGGAUGUGGGUGACCGACGAGUGCAAGAACUCGUUCAUGGAGAUGAAAUGGAAGAAAGUUCACAGGUACAUAGUGUUCAAGAUCGAUGAGAAAUCGAGGCUGGUCACCGUGGACAAGGUGGGCGGAGCUGGCGAGAGUUACGAUGAUCUCACGGCAUCGUUGCCGGAGGACGACUGUCGGUAUGCGGUGUUCGAUUUCGACUUUGUCACCGUUGAUAAUUGCCGGAAGAGCAAGAUCUUCUUCAUUGCUUGGUCACCAACGGCAUCAAGAAUAAGAGCAAAGAUAUUAUAUGCAACAUCAAAGGAUGGGCUGAGGAGAGUGCUGGACGGGAUUCACUACGAGGUGCAGGCAACAGAUCCAACUGAGAUGGGCAUUGAUGUGAUUAAGGACAGGGCUAAGUAAUUAAUUAAACAUUAAAAGGGAUUAAUUUAAUUACCUAAUUAAUUAGUAAAUUAGAGUUUUAGCUAAAUGGGUUUAAGGGUAUCUUUGUCUUUUCAUUAAUUAAUAAUAAUAAUAAUAAUAAUAAUUAACCCCCCCCAAAUUAUCAUGUA